CGUUCACCACUCUUCUAGUAUCGAAGCCUUCAGAGAAGACAGUUGCACAGCAUUGCCAUAAUGAAAGCUACCAUGUGUCUUGUUUUGUCGGUCGUCCUCUUUCUCUGCUUCACCACUCUGGGGAGCGGAAGUGCUAUUUCUGAAGGAGGUGAAAUGCCUGAUUGCAAGAUUUACAACCUGCCUCGCUGCCCACGGAACUUGGACCCAGUCUGUGGCACUGAUGGCAUUGAGUAUGCCAACGAAUGUAGUAUGUGCCUGGCAAUCUUGAAGGGAAAACAAAAUAUCCGAAUCGCCUCUCGUGGCUCGUGUAAUCCGUGGGUUUGAGCAUUGGGCUGCAGCUGCAACAAACCAAAAAUGAAGACACACCAAUAACCGCUGUCCUGUGAUUGCCCCCCCCCCCAUUUUGUAAUGUUAUAUUAAAAAGGUGUGUCGAAUAUUUCAUAUGGACAAGUGCCUUAUUCAAAUAAAUUACCAAAAGUA